CACACACACACACACACACACACACACACACACACUCACACUCACACACACAGCCCUAGCAAACUGUGGAGCUGUGGAGUGCCGCCUGGUUCCCCGGAAAGGAGGACUUGCGAGCGCCAGGGGGUGGGGGACGGAGAGCUGGAGGCUGCUGGAGAGUGGGGAGCAGCUCUAGCAGGGAUGGACAUCAUGAUGCUGGUGCAGGGCGCUUGCUGCUCGAACCAGUGGCUGGCCGCGGUGCUGCUGAGCCUCUGCUGCCUGCUGCCUUCCUGCCUCCCGGCUGGACAGAGUAUGGACUUGCCUUGGCCGGCAGUGGACAACCUGAUGGUCAGAAAGGGGGACACGGCGGUGCUUAGGUGUUAUUUGGAAGAUGGAGCUUCAAAGGGUGCCUGGCUAAACCGGUCAAGUAUUAUUUUUGCGGGAGGUGAUAAGUGGUCGGUGGAUCCUCGAGUUUCAAUUUCCACAUUAAAUAAAAGGGACUACAGCCUCCAGAUACAGAAUGUCGAUGUGACAGAUGAUGGGCCAUACACGUGUUCUGUGCAGACCCAACACACGCCUCGAACAAUGCAGGUGCACUUAACGGUACAAGUUCCUCCGAAGAUAUAUGACAUCUCAACUGACAUGACUGUCAAUGAAGGAACCAAUGUCACCCUUACUUGCCUGGCAACUGGGAAACCAGAGCCUUCCAUUUCUUGGAGACAUAUCUCCCCAUCAGCAAAACCAUUUGAGAGCGGGCAGUACUUGGACAUCUACGGAAUCACAAGGGACCAGGCCGGGGAAUACGAGUGUGGAGCGCAAAAUGACGUGUCAUUCCCAGAUGUGAAAAAAGUUAAAAUCGUCGUGAACUUUGCCCCCACAAUCCAGGAAAUAAAAUCCGGCACAGUGGCCCCUGGACGCAGCGGAUUGAUCAGAUGCGAAGGUGCAGGUGUGCCUCCUCCGGCCUUCGAGUGGUACAAAGGAGAAAAGAAGCUCUUCAAUGGUCAACAAGGAAUCGUCAUUCAAAACUUCAGUACAAGAUCCAUCCUCACCGUCACCAAUGUUACACAGGAGCACUUUGGAAACUAUACAUGUGUGGCUGCCAAUAAGCUAGGCACAACCAAUGCUAGCUUGCCUCUUAACCCUCCAAGCACGGCCCAGUAUGGAAUCACCGGAAGUGCUGAAGUCCUGUUCUCCUGCUGGUCCCUGGUCCUGUCACUGCCCUCUCUCACCAGCAUACUCUACCUGAAGGACAUCAUUCUACAAUAAAUGUACAGACCCAUAAAAGGCUUUGAAGGAUUCUCUGAAAGUGCCGAUGACUGGAUCCAAUCUGGUACAGUUUGUUCAGAGCAGCGUGGGAUGUAAUCAGCAGUGCUUACAUGGGGAAUGAUCGCCUUCUGUAGAAUUGCUCAUUAUGUAAAUACUUUAAUUCGACUCCUUUUUUGAUUAGCUGCAUUACCGUGCACAUUGUCCUUUUUUUAAGACGUGCGAGCUCUGAAAUUACUUUUAGAGGAUAUUAAUUGUGAUUUCAUGUUUGUAAGCGACAACUUUUCAAAAGCAUUCAGUCAUGGUCUGCUAGCUUGUAGACCGUAGUUUACAAAAAACAAAAAAAUUAAAAAAAAAACAAAAAAAAAAAGAAUAUUGCAGUGAAUAUGGGAUUCUUUGAGGCUGCAAUACAAUCAUUUAGUUCCCUGUUUCAAAAAAAAAAUUCUUCCCAUUCACACAGAUGCAUUUUUCCUUUUUUUUUUUUCAGAAAAAAACAAAAGCAAAUACGAUUGCCUUCAGACCAUUUCUUCAAAAUAUAACACAUAUCUAGAUUUUUCUGCUAGCAUGAUAUUCAGGUUUCAAGAAUGAGCCUUGUAAUAUAACUGCGCUAUGCAGUCCUGCUUAUUUUAUUUUUCCUGUAAAUUCAGCAUGGGUGUGCCUUCACAAAAUAAAUAAAUAAAUAAAGAUUUUCUCUUCCUCUUCAACAAAUUUGGAAUUUUGGGGUGAAUGCUAAAAUUGAAAAAAAAAUAGUCAGUUUGACCAUCCUUGAUCCCUACCUGAAUGAAGGUGGUAUUGGCUUAUAUGUAUUUUUUUUUAAAUACCUCUUUCUCCAUCAUUAGGGGAAUAAAAGAACAGUUCAGAACUCUACCCAAAGCUCAAAUGGAUGAUUUUUUUCCCUUUUUUCUGCUAGGACAGGACAGGUCAGGUGUAUUUAAAGUAAAUUUUUUCUGUUGAUACAGUUAAGCUCUGUAUCCUCUCCGGAAGAAGAUAUCGACCCCCUCUCCCCCUUAUUUUAUUUUAUUCUAUUGCUUUUGUUUGGAAAAAAAAUCAAACAGCACAAAUCUUUCAGGAGAUUUUUUCGGGGAUGAGGCCCUUUGGCUUCUCACCCUUCCAAGUUGAAAUCAGUUCCGUGCUGCCUCAAAGAAUAUGGCAGUUCUUUUGUCCACUGCUCCCAAAUUGAUUCUGCUCAUGAACUUGGGUUUGUAUUGCAGCUGUUAAGUUAGUAUACCGUAGACAGUGCUUCUGUUGGCCAAAUGGGUUUGACUCUGUGCCAUCUGAGAGCCCUUCUCAGGUGAUGUUCUAGGCUAUCUAUGUUUUUUAAAAGUGUGCUCCAAGAUUUGUGAUUCCAGUAACUCUACCUUGGUAUACAGUCGACAAUGGUGGCAGAAUAUUAGAAUGUCUUUCCAUCUCGGGCCAGUCUCUGAAAGAGCUCAUUCUGAAGGGCAAUCUUCCGCCCUCAGAUGAAUGGCCUGGCCCAGUAGCAUGCUUUAUUUCUUCUUACAUGAUGUAUGUAAGUUGAAGGUAAGCCACUAGUGAUGGAAAAUGAAGAAAAUGUUAAUUCUGUAAGUCAUUGUGGAUACUAAAUUUCUCUUUCUCUUGUAAAGAACCAAGGACCACAGUAGUGAAGACAAAUACUGUUACCCUGAAACGUGCUACUCUCCAGUAAUAUUCCUGUGGUUUUACUGUUUAUUAAAGUAACACUAUGGCCUUGAAUACCA